UUGAUCCGAAGUACCCACUCCUCCAACACAAUGAGUAAGCUAUCGAUCGGUGACCUCAAGUCGGACGCAGGACUCACUAAACUGAACCAACACUUGGAGUCCCGGAGCUAUAUUGAGGGAUAUACUGCCUCCCAAUCGGAUGUCGUUAUCGUUGACGCCCUGUCGUCGGUGGACAAGAAAUACCCGCAUCUGAGCCGAUGGUACACUCAUAUCAAGUCUUACGCACCCAAUGAACGCAAAGCGUAUGUCUUCAUCACAACUGUCACCGCAAUUGGUCUCAUAAUUAAUGUAUUCGCUGGCGUUAAGAAAAGUUUAGCCGAUUUUGGCAUCACUUCUGGCGGUGGGACCGCCGCUAAGGCUGAGGACAAUGACGACGACUUCGAGCUCUUCGGCUCAGACGAUGAGGUAGUGGACGAGGAGGCGGAGAAGGCGAAGGCCGAGAGGGUUCAGGCAUACCAUGAAAAGAAGUCCAAAAAGGCCGCAGUGAUCGCCAAAUCCAAUGUCAUCCUCGAUGUCAAGCCAUGGGAUGACGAGACGGAUAUGAAGGCCAUGGAGGCGAAGGUCCGCACUAUCGCUAUGGAUGGUCUCAUUUGGGGCGUCUCCAAAUUGGUUCCCCUCGCGUACGGUAUCUUUAAACUGCAGAUCGUAUGCGUGGUUGAGGACGAGAAAGAAAAUGAUUAA